AUGCUCUCUGGGACGAACGGCCGAAAACUGGUCGGCGUGUCUGGUGGCAUGAUGCACCACCCCCUUGCCGGGCAGCGGCCCAAGGCUCAUGCAAGCCACGGCGGCAACGGCCCUCUCGAUGGGGUUGCAAGCGGCGCAUCUAAUCAAUCACAUCUCGUGUCCUGUCGAGGGAAGAUGGCUGCGGAUCCGGGAUCCACGCGCCCAAGUUUGUCUGGUGCCUGCCUUGGCGAUGACGGCGUCGGGCUCCGUUGGACGAUGCCCGCCAUUACACAGGACCAGAAUGCCGUCGACUACUACUUCAGCAUCUUCGUCGAAGCAGGCCCGGCAAGGCGCGGCAUCGCGGUCCACGUCGCCGCAGCAUUGCCAGCCCUCCGAGGCAUCUUGCGCCGCGGGCUCGUCGACGACUUCGACCAGCAAACAUGUCGUGUGGCGCCGCAACACCAUGUCGACCCCGUACGGCAGGCCGCAUACUGCGCUGCGCAUCCGGCUCUUCGUCCCGGCCGACAGCGUGAAGCCCGCCAACCCCAACCCGCAUCGUCGGUCCCCAGCCCCUAUGCUGUUGACCAAGUACACGACAUCUCGGCGGCAAUCCUGCAAACAUUGACACUUGCCUCCCGUCGUGCUGAUAGCGACAACCCCAAAAUCGCCGGGUGCUCAAGCAGCAUCGGCAAAGACGUUGCCAAGCCCAGCAGCCUCGGGACCAGCUUUGCAGGCAGCAGCAGCAAGUACACGGAGCCGCAUGCCACGCAAUCCGGGGACGGCACGCCAGCCAGGAAACUAGAGGCCAUGGCCAAGCAGGCUCUCGUGGCUGGUGAGAUUGAGCCUGUUGUUAUUGCUGACGCUCUAUUCAAGCUCGCGGCCCGCGGAGACGGGAUCCCGCUUGACUUGGCGUUGGCAUUGUAA